UACUCUUGCGGAUAGUAUGGGACGAGAUCAUGCUACCCAUAGUGAACGUCCUCCAGCAUGACCUGAAAUUGCGCCGUCGAUCUCGAAUAUGGCUGUGUCCGAUGGCAGCCUUCACGUCCAUCCCUCUCCAUACAGCUAACCCCUCCCGAAUGAACACAGAUCGCUCUGGGCCAGAGGAAUGCCUGGAGGAUUUAUACAUCUGCUCUUACACCCCCACACUUUCGGGUCUCGACAGACGAUGAAGACGCGUGUCACUCCGUCCUUCGCGCCGAUCGGACAAAGUCGACCAGGCGCAGGGCAAGGCACGGUGCUUCACGCUGUCGACAGCGAGCUAGGGCUUGUCCAUGAACUCGUUCCCUCCAACGUCAAAUUCACUAAUGUUUCAGGACACAAAGCUACACAGGCAGGCGCACUCGACGCUUUGCAGCAGAACACCUGGGUGCACCUUGCCUGUCAUGGCAAACAGGACCACGAACAGCCUUACAAUUCAUAUUUUGCCAUGAGAGCCAAACCUCUCACACUGCUUGACAUCAUGGAGAACAAUUCUCCGCAGGCUGAAUUCGCGUUCUUAUCAGCAUGUCACACUCCCGUUGGCGAUGAGGAGACACCCGACGAAGCCAUCCACCUCGCAGCUGGACUCCAGUU